CGGCGCCGGCGCCGGUGAUCCUCUCGGGGCGGUGGUUGCGGAUCCGCAUCCGAGCUCCCGAUGGCUGCGGCGGGAGGCGGCGGAGCUCAUCGCCCGUCGCCGCCCUCACCGCGGAGGGACCCUCGUGUCUCUUCGUUGGGCCCAUCGACACCGCGAGCAAGGAGCUGCUCGAAGCCCUUUAUCGGCAGGCUUGCGACUCUUAUUACAGUGGUAAACCUUUGAUUGGCGAUGACAUGUUUGAUAAAGUUGAGCUGAAGUUGCGGUUGUAUGGUUCAAAAUCAGUUGUAAAGUAUCCCCGUUGCAGCCUCAGACGACAAUCUACAUAUGCUGAUGCCGAGGAAGACCCUUCCCAAGUAUUGGCUUUAGCAAGUAUCUGGCUGUUGCUACUUCUCUUUGGGAUCUCUGCCUUUCUUGUGCCUACUAUUUAUACCACAAUUUUGGCAUUUGAAGAUACUUUUGGAGCAAGAUAUGCCUUGCAUUAUGAAAAAUCUCCAAUUGAAAUGCUUACUGUGGUUAAUGGCAUGCUCUUGAUUGGACUGGGUUAUCUUGUAGGCUAUCCUGUUGCGUCUGCUUCCGUUCAAGCGCUGCAACGCCUAUGGAGGAAUGAUUUGGUUGCACUCAAAGGCUCAUGCCCAAAUUGCGGUGAAGAGGUCUUUGCAUUUGUGAGGACUGAAAAGUCCAACCAAGAACCCCAUAGAGCAGAAUGCCAUGUAUGUGAGAGCAUAUUGGAAUACCGCACAAAGGUGGAGGUAGGACAAAUGAGGCGACAGGGGCAGUACGCCGAUCCUGGCAUGAAUCCGAUGGUAGCUGCUCAGAUGCAGCAGCACAUGUCAGCGCAGAGAUUACAGCAACUGUCGGGUAAUAGCCAGUAUUCGGGGCGGGACCCUAUGCAGCCCGGUGAAGAUCACCAGUAUAACCUGUCAAAGAUGGAGGGACAGUGGCAAUGGCAUCGAGAUGGUUCGAAAGAUUCGAGUGAGCUGCCGCCCUACGCAUAUAACGAAGGUCAAGGGACUGAUGGUGCAAGAUCUUUAUACGAGAGUCAGAGGUUGGAUUCAAAGCAGCCCAGUAAAGACCCGAGAGCCCAGGCUCGCCACAAUGAGAUGGAAGCUGGACGUGAGGAUAACAUUCUCCCGCAGACGUAUGAAGGUCUCGAGCAGAAAUUUCUUAAUGAUGUUGUAAAGCUUUCCAAGGAACUUCAUGAUGCAGAGGAUGCAGAAAAUGCUAGACACAGGGAGAGGCUAGGCGAGAUAAAUGCUCAAUACCAAGAGAAACUAAUUGCCCUUCGAGCUCGCCAGGCUACUCGCAGAGAGGAAUUCCUAAGGAAGGAGUCUCAGGCUCGGCUUCUGCAGUACCAGCAAGCUAGUAUGCAGAAUUAUCAAAACAGUGCAGGGCCCAGUGAAGCUCAAGGCUUCUCUUCAGCUGCUGCUACUGCCGCCGCCGCUGCUGCUGCCGGAAGUGCUUAUGCAGAGCUGCAACGAGAUUAUGCUUCGGCAGGUCAUUAUGAGUCCUAUGGGCAACGGUCGGAGGUUGGUCGAGGCGGCAGGGGCCGUGGUUUCGAGCCCCGUGGUCAAUAUUCAGGUGGGCGAGGUUAUAAUUCGGAUAACCGGUAUUACUAAAUCACUGCUCAUGGCGGCCUGAGCUUUUUCUCCUUCUUUCCACUCUGGUUGUAUAUCGUUCGCGAAAUCGUUGUUGUUUUCCAAUAUAUCUUUUAGAAUCUAUGUAGCCUUUGCAGACUCCUACAUGCGCUAAUCAUGGCUUAGUCUAUUAACCAGAACUGGGCCUUCCUUCGAUCUGUGUAUUUUAUCUUACAUUUUCUGCAACUUUCUUUUUUAUUGUGAUAAUCUCUACUAUGCAGAGUCCUCGUGAAAGCAUUGUGUAAAUACAAAUUUCAACUUUCUUUUUCU